UAAGUACUAUAUUUGUCCAGCCAUCCAUCCGUACAGCUCCGAAAGUCACCGUCUUUCAUUCCCAACCCAACCUACCUUUCUUCUCUCUCUCAUAUCUAUAGGCAACCUAUUCAAUCCCAUCUCUCUCUCAAAUCACGACGACGACGACGAUGUUCGGUGUCCUCCGCAGCAAGGCCGGGCCCCUCCGCCGCCUCCCCUCCCUCUCUGUCCCCCUCCGACGGCGAUCGAGCAAGGCAGCGGCGGCGAUGGGGGAGGUGGACAUGGCGGAGUACGACGUGGCGCUGAAGCACUUCGACGAUCUAAUUCAGCGUAUACUCGUCAAGAAGAACACACCGGACUGGCUCCCCUUCGUCCCGGGGUCCUCCUUCUGGGUCCCACCGCGCCCCUCCCAUUCCAACGUCGCCGACCUAGUCCACAAGCUCACCUACGAGGACCACCGCCGUCACCCCCACGAUUGCUCCCCCCUCCUCUCCACCCUCCGCGGCUGGCCCUCCGUCAAUUUCUUCAUCGAUGAGAAUGAAUCUACUGAUGGUGAGGAUACUGAUAUAGAGAUAAAUGGCCCAGAUGGGACAAAUGGGACUGUGAAAGUGAAGGUUCUGACAUUUUCAGAAAAUGUAGCUCACUCAGAAGAUGAGGAAGGAUGAUCCGUAAUUUAGCCAAGCCAGUUGCUGCGGUUUGUCAUGAUGCAAUGUCAGGUUGUGGAGAAAAGUCCAAAAAAAAAAAGGCAUGAGAAAAAAACCAAUACUGAAAAGGACUGUGUGUGCAAAUGGAAAUUCCUUCAGAUGCACAACUGGUGGUUCUUUUGGGAUUAAACCCAUCUCACUCUACUUGACUCAACAUUGAUCUGUUUAUUUGCAAUGCUAGGUUGAAUCCUUGUAGGCUGAAUGUGUGUAUAUAUUUAUUUAUCCAACUAAUAAAACACAGACAUUGUCCUCUAAACCAGCAGGGACUUGCUCAAUUUAGUGCACAUAUUAUGUUGAUGUGUAUAUAAUUGUAAUAGACAUUUCUUUGGUGGUACAAAAGUGUAAUAGACUUCAUGGGGCAACAGUUUAAAAGUUUCAUUGAAGUCACACUCUAGCUUGAAUUUUAGCAUUAAGUUCCAUUA